UCCGCCCGCGCUCUCCGAGCACGGUGUAAAAGAAUAUCCGUUCCUCACACCGCCAAACCAGUUGCCAAUCUCGCUCGAUCACCGAUGGAGGAGGCCUGCGAGAUCGCGCGCCUGCCGGAGGAGCUCCUCUCGGCGGCGCUCGCCCGCACCUCCCCGCGCGACGCCUGCCGCGCAGCCGCCAUCUCCGCGGCCUUCCGCGCCGCGGCCGACUCCGACGCCGUCUGGGCCGGCUUCCUGCCCCCCGGCGGCCUCCCGCCGCUCGCCGACGGGGAGCUGGCUGCCCCCGCCCCGCCCUCCUCCAAGAAGGAGCUCUUCCUCCGCCUCUCCGCCGGCCCCGCCCUCCUCCAGGACAAGCUCGUGAGCGUGUGGGUGGACAGGGAGACCGGCGCCAAGAGCUACAUGCUGUCCGCCAGGAACCUCUUCAUCGUGUGGGGGAACACGCCCGAGUACUGGACCUGGAUCCCACUCCAAGACUCCAGGUUCUCCGAAGGUGCUCAACUCAGGCAUGUUUGCUGGCUCGAGAUCCGUGGGAAGAUACACAGCAACCUGCUUUCCCUGGACACAACCUAUACCGCCUACAUGGUCUUCAAGAAAACUGAUGAUUUCUAUGGGCUGGCAUUUCCGGUCCAGGAGGCAUCGGUCAGCGUUGGAGCAACCAACUUAACCCGCAAGGUUUGCCUCCAACAUAACAAUGAUGAUGACGACGACGACGGCGACAAUGAUGACGAUGACGACUACGAUGACUGUGGGAUGCCCGAGAACUACUGGUCCAUGAGAAGGAAUGGCCUACACAAAGAAAAUGUCGCACUCCCUCAGCAAAGGACCGACGGAUGGAUGGAGCUGGAGCUGGGCGAGUUCUUCAACGAGGGGGGUGAAGACGGCGAGGUGUCCAUCAGCCUGACGGAGGCCAAAGGUGGGAACUGGAAGAGCGGCCUCAUCGUGCAGGGCAUUGAGAUCAGACGUAAGAAAUCAGGCUGAGUGAGGAGCUCCUAGUAGGAUUAAACUUGCCCGGGUCAAAGUAAAUGAACAAAGAAAGCAUAUCGUCUGUAGUCAUCGGCGGCGCCAGGGGUAUUCACGUGUAUUCAUAUGAAUACCCAAGAUUUGGCCCAAAAAAAUUAAUACAUGUCUUAUUUAGCAGCCCACAGCCCACAGAGGAUACCGGCUACGCUCAUCCGUUCACUCGAUCCAGCCCCCACUCGGUCGUUCCCCAAGUCCCCAACCUAACCUAGCGACUGCGGCCAGCGGCGGCGGCGGCGGCGAGUAGCGGCCAGCGCCCAGCGGCGGCAACGGCGGCGAGUAGCGGUCAACGGCGGCGGCCAGUACUGACUGCAGGCAGCGGCAAGCAGAGCCGCUGAACGGGCGACCAGCGGCAGGCCGGCAGCUGACCAGGUGGAUUUGCAGUGCAGUUAAAUUGGACAAAUUGCUGCUAGUGUUGGAUUUGAAUGCAACGAGCUACUGCCUAAGAUGAAGAAGAAGGGUGUUAGUAUUGUUGCAUUGUGGGAAUGAGCUAUGUGAAGAAUAAGCUAAACAAAAUGGGUGAUGAAUAUCUGAACAAUUGUUUGGUUACAUUUGUUGAGAGAGACUUUUUCGAUCAAGUGAAGGAUGAAGAUGUCAUCAAUCUGUUCCAAAAAGGCGAUCGCAAAGUUAUAUUGUAAGAAGGAUAUCAUCGCAAA